UUGUGCAGCCAUAUUUUUUUAAACAUAUUCCAUUAUCAAGAGUCCAGCAAUAGGGCAGUUAACGCGUAAAAGUCAAGUUAAUUCGUAGUUUUGUUGGUUGUCUAUACCAGCUGCAGCGUUUUGAUACUGCAUAGAAGUAGUAGAAAUUAGGCGAUUUUGCAGAAAAAACGUGAAAUUAGUGCUGAAAUAUUCUAAGAAAAAUACUUCCCCGUCGUCGUUAAGUUGUAGGAUUUUACAUUAAAAAACAAAAAAGAAGACUGAAAGCCACAUCAAAGGACAUAUUAACUCCACAAAAUGGCCUGUGCAACAUUGAAACGCUCACUCGACUGGGAAAGUCUGAAUCAGCGGCCAACGAAGCGCAGAAGAUGCCAUCCGUUUGGCAGUCCAAGCAGCAGCGCCAGCAAUCAGAGCAGCCCGUCGGCCGCAUCGGCCUCUAGCAGUGCAAUGCGUGUGAUGGAACCGAAGCCUUCCCCUUUUGUCGAUGCUAGCUGCCCAAAACUAACACCAGAGAAAAUGGCCCAAAACAUCACCGAGGAGAUCAGAAGACUGCACCGUAGGAAGCAGCUGACGUUCAACAGCACACAGCACAACAUGGAACGAAUGCAAGAUUCGGAAUCGAGCGGUUCGGAAAUGGGCCCAGACAGUCCCCGUCGGCCGGACACCCCGCCAAGCAUGAUGAAAAAUCCCGAGAAGGCACUCUUCACAUUCAAACAGGUGCAAAUGAUUUGCGAACGUAUGCUGAAAGAACGAGAGGAUUCCUUACGGGAGCAAUACGACGCUGUUCUGAACACGAAACUGGCCGAACAAUAUGAUGCAUUUGUCAAAUUUACUUACGACCAAAUACAAAGACGUUAUGAAGCAGCGCCGAGUUACCUCUCCUAAUCAGCUAGUUAUCUUAUGAUAUAAUUCAGCAGCAAAACAGCAACGUAAGAAGAUAAACAACUCCCCCAACACAACAACAAAACACGUGUAUAUUUAAAUCCUCCGUUGACUAUAUUACUGAAUAGAGUUCUUUUUUCUUAGUCUUUACUAACGCUAUCCAUCAUCUCACUGAACCUAGCCACAGAGGAAAAAAAACCAUACAAACUCAAUUGCUUUCAUCGUCAGCUAUGUUUUAUAACAUAAUUUUUUUUUUGAAUUAAAAUUUUAAAAUCUAAAAUUAAUUCACUUUGGCAUAUUUUUGUCCAUGUUGUUCAGAUAGGGUAACAAUCUAAUAAACGAAUGCAAUUGCAUAUACUUCAAACAAUUGCGGGAGGAUCAAGAAGCAAUUUUUUUUUAUUUCCGUUUUUCUGGAGUCUCCCAUUGGUGUAACCGUAUGUCAUAAUUAGAAACUUAAUCUAUACACACUUUAGGGAAAGUAGUUUUUGUUCGAGUUGAACCCCAUUUUUAUUUUACUUUUGGAUGAUGAUGCGAUUCAAUCUUGUUCGAAAAAUUAGUUUAAUUCUCUAUUUUAUUUCGGAUAAUCAGCAAUUUAGUUUUAUAGCAAAAUUUAGUUCUAAGAAUUCUGUUUCGUUUGAAGCUUGACAUUUUUGCCCAUUUUCAUUGUUUUAACUCGUGUCCCCCUCUGUUCAUCUGUUAACUUUUUUCAUUGUAGUCAAUUUCGUUAAUUAGAUACCUUUUACAAAACUUUGUUCUCAUAAGAUUAUACCAUUUUUUUGUACAUCGUAAUUUUUUUUUGCUAUAGGUUACCUUAAUACGAUGUGAUUCCACUCUGAGGAAUUGCGUUUUUUUUCUUGAGUUUACAUUAUUCUUGCACACAUUAAUCAUUCGGAACUCAAGUGAAGAAAAAAUAGAAAGGAUGCGAAAAUAUCUCAUCAAGUAGGGAAACCUAAUACUACUUACGGUGAACAAUAGUGGUCAAGUGGUUAAAAAACUAAGCAUAACACACAUAGAGAACACACAACAUAUACAUUUAUACAUAUGAAACUAUAUAUUUAUAUACAAAUAUAGGAGGGCGUAAAAAUUGAAUACUGCAAGAGUUUGCGAAUAACUAGAAAUCAGAUUUAAACUAAUUGAAACGGAGGAAAAAAUGCAGUUCUAUAAGGUUAAGUUUCUGACUACGCGUAAGGUAGAAAUAAGACGAGAAGGACAACAAGUUAUAACUAACUUUAAAGGUCGUCACUAUAUACUAGAAUAGAGAUAAAAGCUAAAGAACGAGUAAAAUAAUAAAAGAUAAAAAGAAAAACACAAAAAUUAAGCUUAUACUAUUAACGGUAAGAAGUUAAUUAUUAAGCGUUUAUAUACAUAUGUUUUAUAUAAAAUGAGAAAACAAAAAUUUCUUGAACCACUAAAUAACCGAAUAACGAACAGGAAGUUUAGAACAAAAAUCAUCCUAUGCCCGAAAUAAAAUUGUGUAAAGUUACGAGCGAGCACCAUAUACUAUAUACCUUCUGUAUUGAAAUGAAACAACAGCAGCAGCAGCAGCGCUAAAGAGCAGAACCUACCUACCUUCGCCAAAAUAAGCUACAUUAAAAAAAAAGCAUGAAUCUAAUCUUUCUCAUACUAUAACACAGUUCGAACAAUUUGAUGUUUUAGUCAAAAAAGGAAUCACACAAACCAAUCCACAAGAAAAAAAAAACUAUACUACUCACCAAAGCAAAUAAGUGUCAGAGUCCAAAUACUCUCAGAAUGAAAAGAUAAACAAGCAGAACGACAUACCAUAAUACCAGCUGGUACGUAGAGUCAUAAGCAUUACUCUGAGAGUGGUGCGGAGAGACGAGAGGAGAAAAUAAAACUCGGAAAAUCGACGCACAAAAUAGGCGCGACGAUUUACGGUACGAAAUAGUGUUCAAAGCUUUAAAGCCAUAGCCAUAGCGUGAAUGUGUCGGUUCAGGAAAGUGUUUUCGCCUACCUUAGCAGCUGGAUUUGAACGAAAUAUGUAUAAGAAGUCGGAGAUAUAAUAGUAACCAAACAAAAAUGGGAAUAAAUUGCAGUUUGCUAAGUCCGUAA